UCACCGGAAAUAGAAAAGCUGAAAUGCUUCGUACGAAACCAGUCUUCCACAAGAAGCUGCCUCUGCGCCGCUGCCAGCGAUUCGGAUCCCCAUUCCGACAUUCUUAGUAGAGAAUCCAUGAUAUACGUUGGAAAGGAGAGGUCAACAAGCAUAGAGUCCCUCCCCAAAGAGCUAUUGUUUGAAAUUCUCCUACGUCUGCCCGCCGAUCAUCUCUACGAGAGUGCGAGGCUCGUGUGCCGGUGGUGGUGCCACAUUAUCCAUUCUCAUGCCUUCAUCAACGCGCAGAUACACGGUGCUACCUAUGGACUCCUUAUAUGCCCCCUAAAGUUUUAUACUCUGCCACUUCAUCCACUUUAUGUAACAGCCGACGCAGACGGUGGAAUCCACUCAUCUGAGCUAAAUCACUUCUCCAAAUGGGGAGUUCUUGCUACCUGCAACGGUUUGGUUCUGUAUGCCAAAGAUUACUGGCUCCUUCGCCUUGUGAAUCCUGCAACGAAGCAGUCAUUCCUCCUCCCAGCAUUACCUAGACACCUAUCCUAUGGCCGGUUCGAGUAUGAUUUUGCAUAUUCUGCAGCUUCCUCGGCGUAUAAAGUGAUUCAACAGUACACUACUUGCCAAUCGCCACCACGCCUACCAGCUGACACCAGUGGUCUUGACGUGCUCACUGUUGGAGUCGAUGAAUCCUGGAGGCACGUCGAGGUUCACCACCUCCCCGACCAUGUCAGGUCAUUUUUUUUCUUUAAGGCUCCCUUGACUAGUGAAGGGUUCUUGCAUUGGGGAGAGGGGAGAUACUGCGCAACGAUGGAUGUGGAGAAGGAGAUCAUUACACUGAGUGAAGCCCCUUAUCAGUACGAUGAAAGCGACUAUUAUUAUCUGUCGACUGGGAGGUGUCUGUCGCUCCUGGUUGCGUGUGGUGAUCUGUCGUGGGAGGUUUGGGAGAUGAAGGCAGAGACGGGCGAGUGGAGGAAGGCGCUGCCCAACGUCGACUUGGGAGCUGAGGAAUGGAGGAUUCAACAGUUGGCUCCUAAAGAUGGGGCAGUUCUUGAGCCCCUUGGUUGGGUUAAAUAUCCACAUGUUUUGGCCUUCUAUUUUGACACCUUUUGUUGGAUGCCAAUCCAGCAUUGCAUUUUGUACAAUCUUGAUACGCAUCAACUCGACUCCAUAGAGCUACCGGAAUCCUAUACUGGUGGUUAUCAAGCUUUUCCGCAUAAGAAUAAUCUGAUAUGGCUAAGUUAAAAGUGUAUUAUUGUUAUUAUUGUUUAUAUUUGGUUUAAGUUAAGAGAGUUUAGAAACAUUAUUAUUUAUAACAUUCUUCUU